AUGCAAGGUGGCCUCCGAACGGUUGAGGGUCUCCAUCCCCAAAAUCAAAGUGGACCUGCCCAGUUUUAUAUUGAGGCCGUCAGCAACAUUGAGCUGCAAAUUAAAGGAGAGGUCAUUACCCGCCUUAUCCUUGAGACUAUCGGAAUCCGAGCCUGUCCUAUCACGCAGAUGGAGCCUAGCGAUCCAGCUGAUUCGAGCUUCUUGAGCCCCCUAGCUGGUGUCACCUUAAAGCCAAUAAUACUCGCCGACGAGGAUGAUAUUAAUGUCAGGCCCGAACCGGAGUCGAUCAGCAAUUCCACUGAUAGAAUUCGGCCGGAUGAACCGGUAGCAGAAGCUUUGACGACGCGUAGGCCUUCAUGA